AUGCCACUGGGAUCAUCUUCCUCUUCGAUGCCGCUACCCUUCCCUUCUCCCUUACCCUCAGUACCAGACAAUAUUUCUAACUCUUCCCCUCCCCCAAUGUCUUACAUCACUUCCCAGGAGAUGAAGUGUAUUCUUCACUGGUUUGCCAGCUGGUCAGGUCCUCAGCGUGAACGUUUCCUACAGGACCUGGUAGCUAAGGCAGUACCGGGAAAAUUGCAGCCACUGCUGGAAAGUCUGGAGCAGCUUAGCGUGUCUGGAGCAAACCGACCACCUUGUAUCUUCGAGUGCCAGCUACGUCUUUGGGAUCAGUGGUUUCGAGGUUGGGCUGAGCAGGAGCGCAAUGAAUUUGUCAGGCAGCUGGAGGUCAGUGAGCCAGACUUCGUGGCAAAGUUUUACCAAGCAGUGGCUGCUACCGCUGGUAAAGACUGA